AUGUCAUUGUCAAUCAAUUGUCAAAAUCAGAAAUAAAAAUACGUCAGCCACGUUGGAAGUGCCAACUCGGUGUUUUUAUGUUGUUUUAGUGAGUUUGGUGCUUAAAAAUGAAGAUUAAAGAGUUGAAGAGGACUGUGAACAGCUGCUGGUCGCCAGCGGGACACUACCCGUCUAUGCUCGCGACCGGCUCCGCCGCGCAGCAAGUCGAUGCCAAUUUCAGCUCUAACUCCUAUUUAGAGCUCUAUGCAUUAAAUUUGGGCGACUCUAGCCCUGACCUAGAGCUUAAAUCAAGCAUACAGACCCAGCACAAAUUUCAGAAAGUAGUAUGGUCAGGGGCAGGCAUAAUUGUGGGCGGCUGUGACGGAGGGCUGCUAGAGUUCUACAGUGCAGAUAACUUGCUGAAGAAAGCCAAUGAUCCUCUUGUUGGCAGUACUUCAAAACAUAAUGGCAAUGUAUCGGCCCUCGACAUCAACCCAUAUCAGAAGAACCUGCUGGCGUCUGGUGCCUCAGACAGCGAGAUCUUCAUCUGGGACCUCAACAACACCAGUCAGCCCAUGGCGCCGGGCAACAGGAGCCAGCCCUACGACCACGUGCAGGGGCUCGCCUGGAACCAACAGGUGCAACACAUACUGGGAUCCACAUUUGCCACACGAUGUUUAGUUUGGGAUUUACGGAAGAAUGAACCUAUUAUGAAACUAAGCGACUCGCAGUUCCGCACGCGCUGGCGCUCCCUGGCGUGGCAUCCUGCAGUAGCCACGCAGCUGUGUAUCGCCUCGGAAGACGACCAGGCGCCCGUCAUACAGCUGUGGGACCUGAGGCUAGCAGCGUCGCCGCUGGUGACUCUAGAAGGGCACGAGAAGGGCGCGCUCUCGUUGUCGUGGAGCGCCCACGACCACGACCUGCUGCUGUCGGGCGGCAAGGACGGAAGGAUACUAGCGUGGAAUCCCAACAACACUCAACCGGGCGGCGAGUUGGUGGUGGAGGUGAGCCGGCAGUCGGCGUGGGUGUUCGACGUGAGCUGGGCGCCGCGCGAGCCGGGCCUGCUGUCGGCCGCCGCCUUCGACCAGUCGCUGGCCGUGCACAGCCUGCUGCACACCGGCACGCAACACAACCUGAGUGCGAGCAGUCAAAGCAACAUCAUGGAGUCGUUCGGAGGCGCGGACUCGUUCGCCGCGCUGCCCGCCGUGCAGCAGAGCGCGCCGCCGCCGCCCGCCGCCGCGCAGCCCGCGCGCGCGCCGCGCUGGCUCAAGCGGCCCACGGGCGCCAAGUUCGCGUUUGGUGGGAAACUAGUGACGUUCGACAAAUGUCCGCAAGAGGAGGGAUCUCAAAAACUUGUCUACAUCAGUCAGGUAGUGAGCGAGCCGGAGAUCGUGGAGAAGGCUUUCGAGUUGGACUCGGUCAUCGCGCUCACUCUGAGUCAGGAGCCUGGAGCCGCGGAGAGAUUGGCAGAGUACUGUCGCGAGAAGGGCGACGCGGCCACAGACCAGCACGAGCGGUACACGUGGUUCUUCCUGCGAGCCAACUUCUUGUCCUCGUUCAGGAGUGAAGUCCUCAACCUACUUGGUUUCAAACAGGACGAGAUUCCGUCAAAGUUCAAGAGUCAGGCCGGUGAAGCGCGCGUGCCUGGCCAGGCCGGACUUAGCAGAGGGGAAAGCACUGAGACGGAGGCCGAACUAUCCACUGACACCAGCACUGACCUCUCGGAUUCCACACUGAUCGAGAGGAAACUUGCAAGCGUGGAUUUGGAGCCGACGGUCGCCAAUGUCGUCAUUCCUAAUGGUGAAGAUUCGACGAGUACGAUAUGUCGCGCGCUGGUGUGCGGCAACCUGGAGGAGGCCGUGGAGCUGUGCCUGGAGGCGCAGAGGAUAGCGGACGCACUCAUCAUCGCCUCCCUGGGCAGCCAAGAGCUACUAUACAAAGUGCAGAAGUACCACCUCAACAAAACAGCAUCGGACCCCGUGUCUCUGGUGUCCGGGACUCUGUUGAGGUCAAAAUGGGACACGCUGAUCCAGGCGGCCGCCCCCGCGAGCUGGAGGGACACUCUCGCGGCCUUGGUCACGCACUGCGAGGGGGAGAGUCUGGCACAUUACUGCGAGAUGCUCGGCGACAAGCUGUCGGCGGAGGCGGACGCGGCGCUGCGCGCGGCGGGCGCGCUGUGCUACGUGUGCGCGGCGCACGGGGACGCGCUAGCGGCGCGCGCGCUGGCGGCCGCGCGUGACCUGCACGCGCUGGCGCGCAGCACCGAGCUGGCGCUGCUCACCCGCGCCGCCGCCGCCGCCAGGGGCCGCCCUGUACAGGCGGGCGGCAAGUUGGAGACGUUGCUGAGCGAGUACGGCGCGCGGCUGGCGGCGCAGGGCUGCCUGCAGAGCGCGCUGGCCGCCGUGCAGGGCUCCUCCACUGAGCUCAGCCAGCGGCUGGCCGUGGCGCUGGGCCUGCAGGCGCAGGCGCACGCACAGCAGCCGGCAGCGGCGCGCUCGCGCACCGUCAGCUCGCAGUCGCAGUCGCGCGCACAGUUCGCGCACAACGACCACACCAACGCGUACAACACAGCUCAACCAACUGAAGCGGCUGGGUGGAAUGCCAACAACAUGCCGCCGCGGCCGUCCAGUGUCUCGUCGCAGCCCGGUGGCAAACCUGGGCGGUCUAAGUACAAAGUGGACCCAUCGGUACAGUCGGCGCCUCUCUACAACCAAUACAGUUUCAACAACCCCAUACAAUCACAGCCCACAUUCGGCUACAACAGCCCCUUACCAGACCAAUUCCCACCCAGCGUACCUAGCCACAACUUUGCACCCAUCAAUUCGAACCCCAUCAAUCAGAUGAACCCAUCGAAUCCCAUUAACCCAAUUAACACAUUAAAUCCAAUGUCAAACCAGAAUUCUCAGUUGGGUCAUAUGAAUCCAAUGAAUCCGUUAAACCCUCACCAAGCUCCACAGUUGAACCCAAUGAGCUCGACGCUCAACGGCGGUUACUAUGGCAACCAGAACAUAGAGCCGGCGGUCGCAGCCACGCCGGCCAAGCCUGUCCCGCCCGGGUGGAACGACCCCCCAAUGAUGACCGCUAAAAACAAGCCGAAGCAAGAAGUGUCGCAGCCGCCGGCUCCCAUAACGCACCCGCUGUUCGGAGCGGAGCCGCCACAGCACGUGCCGCUGGCGCCGCCCGCGCAGCAGGUGUACCCCGCGCAGUACAUGCCUGAACAGUACCCGGCACACCAGACGCAGCUCCCUAGUCAACAGGCGCAGUUCCCUGCUCACCAGGGCUUCCCGGGACAGAACCAGUACCCGGGCCAGCAGUUCGAGCAGCAGUAUCAGCAGUACCCACCUGGAAUGCAGCCGGGCUAUCCACCUCAACAGGUGGAGGCCCCCCAAGAGCCGGCGUCGGCGCCGAAGGGCCCGGUGCCCGCGCCGCACGCCGUGCUGCAGAGCGUGUUCGACGCGCUGCGCACGGCCUGCUCCGACCACGCCGCCAACCCGCAAAUGAAAAGGAAACUGGAAGACGUUCAAAGAAGACUGGAAACUCUUUACGACAUGCUGCGAGAAAAUAGGCUAUCAGAGUCAGCGCUGUCGUCUCUCCACACGUGCGCGCAGCUGACGCAGGCGAACGACCACGGCAGCGCCCUCAGCGCCGUCACCGCGCUGGCCACCGGCCCGGACUUCUCCGCCGUGGCCGCCUUCCUGCCCGGCCUCAAGAUGCUCUUCCUCAUGGCUCAGCAGCUGCAGGUCUGCUUACGGUAACUGGGCACGGCGCCGGCGACAUCUACCUGCACAUGUUCCAAUCAUAGGCAUUCGGCUCUUGUCAUUGGGGCUAUAGAUUUAUAAUAGCAAGAUAAUAGAAAUAAAUAAAACCUCUUCCUUAUAGCACAACAUAACGGAAAUCUUGGUAAUCUGUUAUAAAUAAAGUUCUUCUCACAUGCUUAAUUGGGUCAAGCCAAUAAUAAUAAAAAUACCUCAGUUAAAGGGCCGACAUCUUCCUGAAGGCAGAAUUCCAAGUCAGUAACUUUACGAUACGAUAAACUGCAUAAAUUCCAAUUAUUGGUUGAUUGAUAACAGGUUUCACAGUGCUACCCCCCUGUAUAUUGUUUAAUAGCUAGAGGACACUCACAAGACACUUAGACCCCUUAAUCCCGCCCUCUCCCUGCCAAAUUUCAACUUCGUAAUGUGACCUUUCGCUUUUAUUUUGAUAUUUUCUGCUGCGUCAAGAGCUAACAUUCCUUUACUUUGUGCUGCUUAUAUCUAAAACCGUGUCUCUGAAUAAAAAUAAGUAAUUUUGCGCUGUUGUUAAGUAUGUAACCGAAAGGGGUGUGGAUUUUCAUCCUCCUCCUAACAAGUUAGUCUGCUUCCAUCUUAGAUUGCAUUAUCACUUACCAUCAGGCGAGAUUGUAGUCAAGGGCUAACUUAUAAAGAAAAAAAAAGUAAAUUGAGAAACAUGAUUUACGCGUAAUGAGAUGGCUCAGAAUAUAAAAGACUAAAUACAGGUUAGGUCAAUAAGGUUGUCUUUAUUGCAUUUGGUGCAUUUUUUAAAUGCUCUAAAAAUAUUUCUAUCAUGAAAACUUUGACUUGGAAUAUACUCGAACAUACUUGUGAACCGAUUUAUAUCCAAAUUGGUAUAUAUAGUUUCAUUGUACGAUUUUAUAUCAAUCUAUUCGGCAGACAAUCAAAAUUUUCCACGGUGAGUUAAAAAUAUUGUCUGUUUUACAUUUAAUUUGUUAAUAUAAGUACACGUUUAAAAUGCAAUACUUAAUAGUAACUUAAAAAUAUUUAUUUACAUGUAAGAAGCCUUACGAAUAAAUUCUAACGCCAUUAUAUAUA